CACUUUUCACUCUUUUUAUUUAGUCUUUUUUUCCCCUUCUUGUUCUUCUGUCAGGCGUUGAAAAGAAUAGGGGGUUUUUUUCCAGGUGUUUUCUUUUGUUUUUUCUGGUCUUUUUGGGGGGGGGGUUUUCUUCACAGUCCUUACUGUUUCUGCACUCAGUACUAAACAUGGAUUCAUCUGAACAAGAGAAGAAUGGUGUUACAGAAGGAAAAAAUGGGGCUCCUGAGCCUGACGCUUUGCCACCUCCCCCUCCAGUUCCUCCAAAUGUUACCCCUAUCAAGGCUGAACAAGAACCUGCCAAGAAAAGGCUUCGAGUUCCAAUGGCAAGACGUGGCCUGGGAACCAAAGGCCAAAAGAUUCAACUGCUAACUAAUCAUUUUAAAGUGGCUGUGAAGAAUGUUGAUGGCCAGUUCUUUCACUACAGCGUUGCACUUUUCUAUGAAGAUGGUCGGCCUGUGGAUGGAAAGGGUAUUGGUAGACGAGUCCUCGAUAGGGUACAGGAGACCUAUGACACUGAAUUAGCUGGUAAGGAGUUUGCUUAUGAUGGAGAGAAGAGUUUAUUUACCGUUGGCCCUUUACCACGAAACAAGCUUGAGUUUACAGUUGUGCUUGAGGAUGUUACUUCAAACAGGAACACCGGAAAUUCUAGCCCGGGGGGCCAUGAAAGUCCAAAUGAUGGUGACAGAAAAAGGUUAAGGAGGCCAUAUCAAUCUAAGACUUUUAAAGUGGAGAUAAGCUUUGCUGCCAAGAUUCCCAUGCAAGCAAUUGGAAAUGCAUUACGUGGACAGGAGACAGAGAACUCUCAGGAAGCCUUGCGAGUACUGGAUAUCAUCUUGAGGCAGCAUGCAGCAAAACAGGGUUGCCUGCUUGUUCGCCAAUCUUACUUUCAUAAUGAGCCGAGGAAUUUUGCUGAUGUUGGAGGCGGUGUUCUUGGUUGUCGUGGAUUUCACUCUAGCUUCCGAACCACUCAGGGCGGCUUGUCUUUAAAUAUUGACGUCUCUACAACCAUGAUAAUCCAGCCUGGGCCAGUGGUUGACUUCUUAAUAGCCAACCAGAAUGCGAGAGAUCCAUAUUCCAUUGACUGGGUUAAGGCCAAACGGGUACUAAAGAACUUGAGGGUGAAGACUAGUCCAACAAAUCAAGAAUACAAAAUAACAGGGUUGAGUGAAAAACCAUGCAAGGAUCAGAUGUUUUCGCUGAAGCAAAGAAGCAGGGAUGAUGAUGGUGAGGUUCAAACUGUAGAAGUGUCUGUCUAUGAGUAUUUUGUCAACUACCGGAAUAUAGAAUUGCGCUAUUCUGGUGAUCUUCCUUGUAUAAAUGUUGGAAAACCAAAACGGCCUACAUACUUCCCUAUUGAGCUAUGCGCUUUGGUGUCCUUGCAACGUUAUACAAAAGCCCUGUCCACCUUCCAAAGAGCUUCCUUAGUGGAGAAGUCAAGGCAAAAGCCCCAAGAGAGGAUGAGUACUUUGACUACUGCUCUGAAAAUCAACAAUUAUGAUGAGGAGCCUCUUCUUCGUUCGUGUAGCAUUACCAUCAGCAGAAAUUUCACUGAGGUUGAUGGUCGAGUCCUUCCAGCUCCAAGGUUGAAAUUUGGAAAUGGAGAAGAUUUCUUCCCUCGAAAUGGAAGGUGGAACUUUAAUAACAAGAGACUACUUCAACCUGCUAAGAUUGAAAAGUGGGCCAUAGUGAACUUCUCUGCACGCUGUGAUAUUCGUGGCCUUGUCAGAGAUUUCAUGAAAUGUGGGGAAAUGAAAGGAAUUGAUGUGGAAUCCCCAUUUGAUGUAUUUGAAGAGAAUCAGCAAUACAGACGAGCACCCCCUCUUGUAAGGGUGGAAAAGAUGUUUGAAGAGAUUCAGGCUAAACUUCCAGGGGCACCUAAGUUCCUUUUGUGUCUCCUUCCAGAGAGGAAAAACUGUGAUCUCUAUGCUCCUUGGAAAAAGAAGAAUUUGUCUGAGUAUGAUAUUGUUACUCAAUGCAUGGCUCCUACCAGAGUUAAUGACCAGUAUCUUACAAACCUUCUCCUUAAGGUCAAUGCAAAGCUUGGUGGAUUAAACUCUCUGUUAGCUGUUGAACAUUCUCCUUCAAUCCCUGUAGUAUCCAAGGUUCCAACCCUAAUUCUUGGAAUGGAUGUUUCGCAUGGCUCUCCUGGACAGUCUGAUAUCCCAUCUAUUGCUGCAGUUGUCAGCUCGAGACAGUGGCCGCUAAUUUCAAAAUAUAGAGCAUCUGUGCGUACGCAAUCCCCAAAGCUUGAGAUGAUUGAUACCCUUUACAAACGUGUUUCAGACACUGAGGAUGACGGGAUCCUUCGGGAAGCUUUGCUUGAUUUCUAUGUAAGCUCUGGCAAAAGAAAGCCUGAUCAGAUUAUUAUAUUCAGGGAUGGGGUCAGCGAGUCGCAGUUCAAUCAAGUUCUGAACAUUGAACUGGAUCAAAUUAUUGAGGCUUGCAAGUUUCUUGAUGAGAAUUGGUCUCCAAAAUUUGUGGUCAUUGUGGCUCAAAAGAAUCACCAUACGAAGUUCUUCCAGCCGAAUGCACCAGAAAAUGUUCCCCCAGGGACGAUAAUUGAUAAUAAAGUAUGUCAUCCCAAGAACUAUGACUUCUACCUGUGCGCUCAUGCUGGCAUGAUUGGAACCACAAGACCCACCCACUAUCAUGUUCUGUUAGAUGAAGUGGGGUUCUCACCAGAUGAUCUCCAGGAGCUUGUACAUUCCCUGUCAUAUGUGUACCAGAGGAGCACUACUGCCAUCUCUGUGGUUGCUCCAAUAUGCUAUGCCCAUUUGGCUGCUACCCAGCUGGGGCAAUGGAUGAAGUUUGAAGACACAUCAGAGACCUCUUCAAGCCAUGGUGGGGUGUCUCAUGCUGGUUCUGUCCCUGUUCCCCAGUUGCCGCGCCUGAAGGAAAACGUCUGCAAUUCGAUGUUCUUUUGUUGAAAGCGUUUGAUUCCUUUUUGAUGCUUUACUGAAACUUUCAGUCAGUCUUGGACAAAAUGCUUGUACUUGUAAAUAGUUCUUAGCGCGAACCUGUUGUAGUUAGGUCGCUAAAUUAUGAAGCAAGUUAUCUUGCAAGUCCUAGCUUUCUUUUUAGGUCUAUAGCCAUGCAUGCAGGUGUGCCAUGCAUUGUUUUGUUUUUUCUUUUACUCUGCUGCAGCUACUUGCUUGGUCUGUGGCUUAAAUUGCAUGGAUUCCUGACAUUAUUCUAUGGCAGUGACUCUCAUCCCAGUUUGAUAU